AAGCGAGUAAUUUAUCUUUAUCAAUUCCCCAUUCAAGGUCAGAAUAUUUGUAUUCUAAUCAGUUGGCCCGUUGCCGCCUGUGGCCACGCAAGUUCAUCACAAAGUAUUAAUUUAAAAAACAAAAAACUUCUUAUCAUGGCUUUUGCAAUGUUGAAGUUGGUAAAAUCAGAAUCUCGGCUGUUACUGCAAAGGAACUACAGCAGCUCAGCACCCACCACAAAACUGUUUAUUGACGGCCAGUUUGUGGAUUCAAAGACAAACAAUUGGAUCGAACUCACAAACCCUGCCACCAAUGAAGUUAUUGGAAGAGUACCUGAAACAACACAGCAAGAGCUUAAGGCUGCAUUGGAGUCGGCAAAGAAGGCGUACAAAUCAUGGGGUCAAAGCACGAUCAUGACUCGCCAACAACUGAUGUUCAAAUUCUCACGUUUGUUGAGAGAGAACCAAUCAAAAUUGGCGGCAAAAAUAACGGAGGAGCAGGGCAAGACCAUAGCCGACGCCGAGGGCGACGUGUUGAGGGGCAUUCAACUGGUUGAACAUUGCUGCAGCAUCACAACCUUGCAACUCGGCGACAGCAUCCAGAAUAUCGCUAAGGAUAUGGACACGCACUGUUACAAGGUUCCUUUGGGAGUUGUUGGCGGUGUAGCUGCAUUCAAUUUCCCCGUGAUGAUUCCCCUAUGGAUGUUCCCACCAGCGAUUGUAACUGGCAACACUUGCAUCAUCAAACCUUCGGAGCAAGAUCCUGGGGCUACCUUGAUGAUGGCAGAACUCUUACAGGAAGCAGGGGCACCUAAUGGAGUAGUCAAUGUAGUCCAUGGCACUCACGAUGUGGUGAACUUCAUAUGCGAUGAGCCAGAUAUCAAGGCGGUAUCGUUUGUGGGAGGCGACGCCGCGGGAAAACAUAUAUACAAGAGAGCGUCUGCAGCCGGCAAACGAGUACAAAGUAACAUGGGCGCGAAGAAUCACGGCGUGAUAAUGCCUGACGCCAACAAAGAGCACACUCUGAAUCAGCUGGCCGGCGCCGCGUUCGGGGCGGCUGGACAACGUUGUAUGGCGCUCAGUACCGCCGUGUUUGUUGGAGAGGCCAAGGAGUGGAUCCCAGACUUGGUACAACGUGCUCAAGCUUUGAAAGUUAAUGCAGGUCACGUGCCCGGCACCGACGUGGGACCCGUCAUCUCCGUCAAGGCAAAGGAACGCGUAUUAAGACUUGUAGAAUCAGGAGUAAAAGAAGGCGCCAAACUCGCCCUCGACGGGCGCGGAGUCAAAGUGGCCGGCUUCGAGAAGGGCAACUUCAUCGGGCCCACCAUCAUCACACACGUCCAACCGAACAUGGAAUGCUACAGAGAAGAAAUCUUCGGCCCAGUCCUAGUAUGUCUCUUUGUGGACACCCUAGACGAAGCCAUUCAAAUGAUCAACGCGAACCCAUACGGGAACGGAACGGCCGUAUUCACAACGAACGGCGCGACUGCGAGAAAAUUCGCGGCUGAAAUCGACGUCGGCCAAGUCGGUGUAAAUGUCCCCAUCCCCGUUCCGUUAUCUAUGUUUUCAUUUUCAGGCACUAGAGGCAGUUUCCUAGGAACUAACCACUUCUGCGGGAAGCAAGGCCUCGAUUUCUAUACUGAAUUGAAAACUGUAGUGUCCCAUUGGAGACAGAGUGACGUAUCUCACACCAAGGCAGCUGUGUCUAUGCCCACUCAACAAUAAUUCCAUAGGCUAAGAUUAAAGUGAAUAUUUAUUCUAUGUUUAAGAAGUAUAUUGAUGUAUAUUUUUUAUAUGAAUUUAUUUUGUGAUUUUAUUGCCAUGUUUUCCAUUAUAUACAAAAUUAUUUUUAUUUACUUUUCUAUCAUUUUAUAUUCCGUGAUGGCUUACUGUCUUUUCAAAUCAUCUAAAGUCAUUAGGUACCUGUAAAUGUUGUUAAAUGUAUUUACAAGUAUGAACUGUAAACUGUCACUUGUUGUUAAGCACUAUUUUAUACUUUAGAUAUAUAUUUUAUAUUUUAA